UCGGUAAGCAGAUAAUUCCCAGUUUCCCAUCUUUAAAAUUUCUACUACUUAUCAGCUCUCUCUUAGGCAAUUCAACAAACAUAUAGUAGUCAUGCAAGUUAAUAUAUUUUUGCUAUGAUUUCCCCUGCAUUUCACCACUCUUAUGUUUCUUGAAUUUCGUCUCAUAAUUCCUGUAUGGCUGUGAUUAUAGUCUGCUCCUCAACAAUUUGUUGUAGUAAUUUCAGUUGCAGAGGUGCAGCUGAGGCUAUACCAACUGUCAGCAAACCAUACGGUUUAAGUUACAAUGUGCCUUUAGGAGGGACAAAGAUUGGAACUUCGAGGCUUUUCCCAUGUGGGUCUAUGUUGAGGUGGAAGAAAAUCAUGAAAAAGCAAGUGGGUAUUUCUGGGUUUGGAAUAAAAAGUUCAUAUGAUGUUGUGGUUGUCAAUGGAAAACUCAAAAAGAGUAUGUCUCCUGAGGAAGUUUUGGGGGUUUUGAAGCCAAAAUCUGACCCAAAUCAAGCCUUUUCUUUCUUCAAAUUCGUUGCUGAAUUGCCUACUGUAGUUCACAAUACAGAGACAUGUAAUUACAUGCUUGAGCUUUUGAGGGUUCAUAAAAGGAUAAAUGACAUGGCUGUGGUGUUUGAUUUGAUGCAAAAGCGGAUAAUAUAUAGGAGUUUGAAUACCUACUUGACUAUAUUUAGAAGUCUUAACAUAAUUGGAGGGAUUCGGGAAGUGGUGGUAGCUAUUGAGAGGAUGCGAAAAGCAGGGUUUGUGUUGAAUGCCUACUCGUAUAAUGGAUUGAUACAUUUGGUUCUUAAAGAAGGGUUUUGGAGGGAAGCUUUAUGGGUAUAUAGAAGGAUGGUCUCAGAAGGGCUUAAGCCUAGUCUUAAAACCUACUCUGCACUGAUGGUGGCAUGUGGGAAGCGAAGGGAUACACAAACAGUCAUGAGGUUGUUGGAGGAGAUGGAGAGCUUAAAAUUGAGACCCAAUGUUUAUACUUUCACCAUUUGUAUUAGGGCACUGGGAAGGGCGGGUAAGAUCAAUGAGGCAUAUGGUAUUCUUACAAAAAUGGAUAAGGAGGGUUGUAUGCCUGAUGUAGUCACUUACACGGUUCUUAUUGAUGCUCUUUGUGAUGCUGGAAAGCUUGACAUUGCAAAAGAAGUUUUCGCAAAGAUGAAAUGUGGAAGGCAAAAACCUGAUCGUGUAACUUACAUCACAUUGCUGGAAAAAUUUGCUGAUCAUGCUGACCUGGAAUCUGUUAGGGAAUAUCUGUGCAAAAUGGAAGCUGAUGGUUAUAAAGGGGAUGUUGUUACUUUCACGAUACUUAUUGAUGCUUUGUGCAAAGUGGGAAAUGUUGAUGAAGCAUUUGCCACUUUGGAAACCAUGAAGGAGAAAGGACUAGCCCCUAAUCUACACACUUACAAUACCUUGAUUGGUGGCCUUCUGAAAGAAAAUAGGUCUGAUCAGGCAUUUGAGCUAUUUGGUAGCUUGGAAUCAUUAGGCGUGCAACAUACUGCAUUCACAUAUAUCCUGUUCAUUGACUACUAUGCAAAAUUAGGUCAAACUGACAAGGCUCUUGAAACUUUUGAGAAGAUGAAAGCUCAUGGAAUUGCUCCAAAUGUUGUCGCUUUCAAUGCAUCUCUGUAUGGCCUUGCAGAAUUGGGUCGGCUUAAGGAGGCAAAAGAUACUUUUAAUGGAAUGAAAAGGAGUGGACUUGUACCUGAUUCCAUCACAUAUAACAUGAUGAUAAAGUGCUUUGCCAAUGCAGGAAAAGUUGAUGAGGCUGUUCAGUUUCUGAAUGAGAUGAUUGAGACUGGCUGUGAUCCAGAUGUUAUCAUUGUCAAUUCUUUAAUUGACAUGCUUUACAAGGCUGAUCGUCCAGAUAAGGCGUGGGCAAUGUUCCGCAGAAUGAAGGAUAUGCGGCUUGCUCCUUCAGUUGUUACGUACAACACUUUGUUGGCUGGACUGAGAAAGGAGGGCAAGUAUAUAGCAGCUUUUCAGUUAUUCGACAGCAUGAGUGCACGUGGGUGUCCUCCCAAUACAAUAACAUUCAAUACUGUUUUGGAUUGUCAUUGCAAGAAUAAUGAGGUUGACUCAGCUGUGAAGAUAGUUUAUCAAAUGACAGAAGUUAAAUGCUAUCCUGAUGUUUUUACGUACAACACAAUCAUUUCUGGGUUAAUUAAAGAAAACAGGUUGAGGGAAGCAUUCUGGUUCUACCAUCAAAUGAGAAAAGUGUUGUACCCUGACUCUGUAACUUUGUGCACUCUCCUUCCUGGUAUCAUGAAAGAGGGUUUGAUUGAUGAUGCUUUUCACAUUGUCAAGGAUUUUGCUCACCAAGUUGAAAGUACAUUAGACAGAUCUUUCUGGGAAAAUCUAAUGGAAGGAACUAUUUGUGAAGCUGAAUUGCAUUACUGCAUUUCAUUUAUGGAAAAGUUACUUUCUGAUUGUCUGUGCAAAAAUGAAUCGAUCAUGGUACCUAUUAUUAAAUUUCAGUGCAAGCAAAAGAAAGUCCUUGAUGCUCAUAAAUUGUUUUUGAAAGUCAGAAGGUCAUUUGGGAUAUUACCGACACUAGAAAUACAUUGUGUCCUAAUUGAUGGCCUUCUUGAAUUUCAUCAUAAAGAAUUGGCUUGGGAACUUUUCUUGGACAUGAAAAAGGCUGGUUGUGCUCCUGAUGUUUCCAUAUACAAUUUGUUGCUUGAUUAUCUUGCGAAGUCAGGAAUGAUUGAUGAACUUUUUGAAUUGUAUGAAGAGAUGCGUCAUAGAGGAUGUACGCCUGAUACUGUAACGCACAACAUACUCAUCUCUGGUCUUGUUAAGGCUGGUGAUGUGCACAAGGCCAUAGAUUUAUACUAUGAUAUGGUAAGUGGAGGCUUUUCUCCCACUCCCUGCACCUAUGGUCCUCUUCUAGAUGGUCUUCUCAAACUUGAAGAUUUGGAUGGAGCAAAGAAAUUGCUUGAGGAAAUGAUUGAUUAUGGAUGUCUACCUAACUCUGCUAUAUACAACAUCCUUAUCAAUGGAUUUGGUAAGGCAGGGGAUGUGGAAAAUGCAAUUUCAUAUUUCAAUAGAAUGCUUAGGGAGGGAAUAAGACCUGACUUGAAAUCUUACACCAUUCUAGUUGAUUGUCUUUGCAUAGCUGGAAAGGUGGAAGAUGCAACUUACUAUUUUGAGGAGUUAAAGUCAUCUGGCCUUGAUCCCGAUUUGGUUUCUUAUAACCUUAUGAUUAACGGACUUGGAAGAUGGGGAAAAAUUCAUGAAGCUUUGGCUCUUUUUAGUGAGAUGCGCAGCAGAGGAAUUUCUCCUAACCUAUAUACCUACAAUUCUCUAAUUCUCAAUCUUGGAGUUCUGGGGAUGUUGGAGGAAGCAGGAAAGAUGUUUGAAGAACUAAAGGUAGCAGGUCUUGAACCGAAUGUUUUCACUUAUAAUGCUCUCAUUAGAGGGUAUAGCAUCUCUGGGAACCCGGAUGGAGCAUAUGAAGUCUUUGAGAAGAUGAUGGUUGGGGGAUGUAGCCCUAACAGUGGGACAUUUGCUCAGCUGCCUAACUAAGUCCAGAUUACAUGCUUAUAGGCAAUGCUAAUGUAGCUUACUUUUCAUCUCCAUCCCUGGGGACACAGCUGCAAGGAUUUGAAGAGUAUACUUGUACAGCUUCAUCCUGAUACAGGAUUUGAAGAGUAUACUUGUACAGGAUUUGAAGAGUAAUUACUGGUUGCAAGCGUGUUAUGAUUUCAUCCUGUUGCAGUCAAAUCAUACAGCUUCAUUCUGACUCUAUUUGUUGAUUCAGCUACAAUGCCUUGAAAGGUUCUACUGCACAGUCAUAACUAUAAAGUUGAUGUACAUUUUGAUGGUUUCUGUCCAUUAUGAAUAUCUGAUCCUGUAAAAUAUACACCUUAAUUCUCUGAUGUAAUAUGCAAAAUCUGUUUUCUUGUCUAUACUACAAUUCAUGGCUCAGGUACUGUCAGUCUGCAUUUUCAGUCUUAUUUCUAGUAGAAGUACUGGGCUCUGGUUCUCUGUGUCAUAAUCUUCAUAGCCUGAAGAUAUUUGUCCCA